UGAUUUUUAAAAUAUUUGUGAUUUUAAAAUAUUGUUACUUUAUUCUUCCAACAAAGAACGUCUUGUCACCCACCCAAGACACGGAACCGCUGCAGUCCCCGGCCGAGCCAUCACCACCGACGCAACCUCUGCAGCACCAUCCACCGUCCGAUUUUCAUCUAAUCAUGACCAACCUCCACUGUAGAAGUAACUACAUAUAGAAACCUCCUUGAUUCGACCCCCUCAACUCUUGAAAAAUUCUCUUUUUUCACACUUUCAUGUUGUUUCUAUUUCAAGAAAGUCCUCACUGACUGCUCAAACAAUCAAUUGAACUCCGUCUUAGUUUUGGGUAAUUGUUACUAGUUCUUUGGAAGUAGAUGAGUAAGUAGUUUGUGUCCACAUCCACUCUUUAGGGUUUCAUAUAUUUCUUCAUCCCAAUUGUUGUGUUCCUAGUUUAGGGUUGUUUUAAGUCAUCUGGGUUUUUGUUGAGAAAUGGAGGAGUAUAAUAGUCAGAUGAACGAGAACACAGCUUCAAGGGGUAGCUUCUUCUUGUACGGUGGUGGUCCAGUUCUUGGACCUAGCGCUUCUGUGUACGGACGAACUAGCAGUGGCUCUAAUCACCAGACCCAGAUGCCUAUAAAUACCUUUCAUCUUCUUCAAUCGGGUUCUAGUGAUCAGUGUUAUCAUCAAUCUGAAUCCCCAAUUGUCAAGACUGAAGCCGAAACUUCCCAGAAAUUUCACUACCCUUCAAUCAUAAGAACCCACACUCACCAAAGCAGUACUGUUCAUCAUAAUCAUCAACAACAAGAAGAGAAUGAGAACUCGAAUGAUGUUGAAGCUAUCAAAGCUAAGAUCAUCGCUCAUCCUCACUACUCCAGCCUUUUGGAAGCCUACAUGGACUGUCGAAAGGUGGGGGCUCCUCCGGAAGUGGUGGCGAGGCUCACGGAGGUUCGGCAAGAGUUUGAGACGAGGCAGCGAGAUUCAGUGAAUUGUAGAGACGAUUCAAAAGACCCAGAACUCGAUCAGUUCAUGGAGGCUUAUUACGACAUGCUGGUGAAAUAUCGACAGGAGAUUACAAGGCCAUUACAAGAGGCUAUGGAGUUCACUCAAAGGAUCGAAACACAACUCAAUAUGCUCAACAAUGGCCCUUUGCAGAUCUUCACCUCUGAUGAAAAAUGUGAGGGUGUUGGUUCAUCUGAAGAGGAUCAAGACAAUAGUGGUGGAGAAACAGAACCGCCAGAGAUUGACCCACGUGCUGAAGAUCGGGAACUUAAGCACCACCUGUUGAGGAAGUACAGUGGUUAUUUGAGUAGUCUCAAGCAAGAACUAUCCAAGAAAAAGAAGAAAGGGAAGCUACCCAAAGAUGCCCGGCAAAAGCUACUCAAUUGGUGGGAGUUACACUACAAAUGGCCAUACCCAUCAGAGAGCGAGAAGGUGGCCUUGGCUGAAUCAACAGGUUUGGACCAGAAACAAAUUAAUAACUGGUUCAUCAACCAAAGGAAACGACACUGGAAACCUUCUGAAGAUAUGCAAUUUAUGGUUAUGGAUGGACUCCAUCCUCAGAAUGCAGCUCUUUACGUUGAAGGACACUACAUGGGUGAAGGCCAAGGUCCUUACAGACUAGGGCCAUGAGAAACAAGAAAAUGCUAUUCAUAAGCGAUUUUUUUACUUCAUUUUUUUACCAAUAGACACAAUGGUAGUGUGUCGCACGAAUAUUCUAUUAUGCGUGUCUCAUUACAUUUGUGUCUAAUGUUAAGAAAAUUUGGUAAGAAAUUCAUUUAUGUAUAAUAGUAUUACUUGUGAGGAUAUAAUCAGAACCAAAGAUUUUGAGCGAUGGCUCGUGCAGGGACACCAUAUUGGUUUAGUCAUUACUAGGCUUCGGCAGGGAAUCUGUUAACUAAUGCCAUGUGAUUGUUAUUGCAAGAGUUGGGUAAUGUCUCAAAGCCCAAUCUAUUAUAUAGUUUAUAGGAAAUGCAUUACCUUAUAACAAUGUUUAGUGUAUGUGUACAAGUCUUUUAGAAUAUUUUCAUUGUGCUUUGUAAGUUGGAGUGUUUCCCAUUGUUGCUUGAUCUGUCAGAAGAUCUGGAGUGUUAUACUUUGCUGUGUGCCUGGUGUAUGUAACCAUAUAAGUAUUGAGUUGUGUUCAUGCAAUAACUUGCACAUGUAAUAUCCUUGGGGCAUGUACUACUUUGUUCAAUUGUAUAUGGUGAGAAGAAUAGCCAUUA